GUCCUUGAGUGCAUGUGGCGCGCGAUAUGGGAAAGAGUCCUGCAAGCGAGAGAAUGGCAUUUGUUUAGGUUCGCCAGUAUCUUAACACCAUGUUUUCUGUUGACCAAAGCUGGUUUGUGCGUAAGGUUAUAUAUUGGAGAGCAGCGGCCAGUGUAGCCUGGGCUGUGGUGCUGUUGCCACCAACCACAACUGUAUUUGUGGUUCUGAGUAGAUUCAGCCUACUCCACCCUAUUCAGUGGAUAUCAGAUUGCCUGGACCUAUUGACUAGUGCAAGUGCUAUCUUCUCCUUCAUUCUGCUGUGUGGUGUGAUCCUGGUUGUUGGCUUCUUCAACCUGGAAUAUUACACGGUUGUCCCAUCUAUUGCCUGCUCCAAGAUUGCUUUGUUGGGCCAGCUGCUCCAUCCUCGGCAGUUUGUACACUCCCUGGUCCACUGUGUAUUGGGAAUAAUAGUGUCUUGGUGCUGUGCUGUCACCAUUGGGGGAAGAUAUUGUACAUUGGGAUACCCUUGCACACAGGGAGAAGGUUCCUCUCAGAUGUGCCUGAAUGAGUACCACCUCUUCCUGCUUCUUGCUGGCACCUUCAUUGGAUACAGUCAUAGCCUUGUGGGUGUGGUCCAUAACAUGAACUACGUAUCUUUCCACACCGUUCAGCAAUACAAAUAUCUCUGCUUUAAGGGAACACUACCUUCAAUAAUAAAGUGCAGUGCCACUCAGGCCCUUUACUCAGUCCGGAACUUCAUUGCCCUCUAUUUCUUUUUGGGAUAUGCCCCAAAAGCAUGGAUCUGUAAAACACUGGAUCUUCAAAUAAACAGCUCUGUCCACUCUCUGGAUACAGUGGCUGGUCUCCUGGACCUCUCUCUGCUGUACCACCUGUGGACCAGCGCCACCUUCCUCCUCUUCACCUGGUACAUCACAGUGCUGCUCUUCAGGAUCUUCAUCACAGAGGUGUACAGCUUUCCAGUACAGUCAACCUUUGCUGAGGAGGUCAAUCAGUGCCUACCUAAAGUCAUCAUCGGCAAGCAACCAAUGAUAUUAAAGUUUUUAGCUCUGCAGGACCUGGCACUUUUGUCCGAACACUCGCCGUCACGACGAUCAGAGGUCUUCAGUCUCAGCCAGCCAGGUGGCCAUCCUCAUAACUGGAAUGCCCUCAGUAAAGAGUGUCUCUUUCUGCUGGCUGACCUGACCCAGAGGCUGGUGGCCCAUCAUGAGACUGUAGCCACCAACGGCAGGGCCAAGACACAGUCAAGUGGCAGCUCCACCAAGUCCACCUCGUCAGAAAGCUCCGUGACGUCGGGUACAGAAGAUUUGAAGACCCCUCGUCCCAACGCUCUCAUCCGAACCCCCGGCUCUGUCUUCCUGGGCUCCUCCAUGGGGGGUCUGCGGGGACCUCUUACCGCCCCGUUCACCCCUGACCUGGACAGCCCCUUCUCCUCCCCUGCACUGCGGCACCUGGCAGCCUCCAGGGUGCCUUCAUCCCCUUGGUUUGGGACGGUCCAGAGCCCCCACAUCGUGAGGAGGUGUCCCAAGCUCUGGUCUGCCUCCACAGACUCCCAGCCCCACGACAGUCCUCCUGCAUCCCCGGCUCCAGCCCCCAGCCCCACACAGACUGAGAAGAAGCCCAGCUUCCUGGCCCAGUUCCUCCAGAACAGGAAGGACCAGGUUACACAUUUCUUGGCAAGACGUGGGUUGAUUAUGUAUUUGUUGAACAAGCUCCCGGAGGCCACUAGUCAAGCCCUCUUCGCUGACAGCCAAUCACACAUUUGGGCACUAGAAGGGCUGUCUCACCUGGUGGUAGCCUCGUACUCGGAGGACAGGUUUGGAGUGGUGCAGACUUCCCUCCCCAGCAUUCUGAGUAGCAUGCUGCUCUUACAAGAGGCGGUGGACAGGCACUUUAAGCUGCCCCAUGCAUCCAGUAAGGCAGCCAGGUCACGCAGCAUAGGAGACUCCAGCUAUAAAACGUUGCGCUUUGCUCUCAGGGCCACCCUCAUGACUGCCAUCUACAGGAUAACCACCACUUUCAGGGAACACCUUAAUGCUGUACAGCUGUCUGCAGAGCAUCGGAAGAGAUUGCAACAUUUCCUGGAGUACAAAGAAUAAUGUAUGUUGUGGAUGCUGUUCCCCUUGGACUCUAUGAAGUUUGUGUUGUUGGUUAUGCAAUGUGCCGGCCCUCUAUUUUAUGAUUGUUCUAUUUGUUAGACUGUUGAAGUUGAUUUUGAUUUAAUACCUAUGUCAAAGCAAUGAAUAAAUACGGGCUUUGUAUUUAAAAUCAUGUACAGUUGCUUUUGGUUACAUUCUUAAACCCAUGUCCUUUUUGUACUCAACUAAUGCAGAGAUUGGGUAGCAUUUUUCACUUUAGAAAAAAAUGCAAAUAGUCAACAUUUUACAAAGGAGGUAUACACCAUAUGUGCCUCUGUUUUUGUUUAAUGAAAGACAAUGUUAAUAUGCUGUAAUAUAAAAUAUUAUGUGGAUGUUGAAAGUGCAUAAAUUGCUGUCAUACAUGUACAACAGUUGACGUGAAUGAGUUGAGUAAGAUGCUUUUGUUCAGUGAAAUCAAAUUUGGAAUGUGAACCAGAUGCAAGAUAAAAUAUUUUCAAUAGA